AUGCGUCUGGAUGAAAAUCUUAUACAUAAACUUAAUGGAUCCGAAGCUCUUCAUAUUGCCACAAUAUAUAAUAAUCCAGAAAUAGCCGAACUUGCUAUUUCACAUGGUGCAGAUAUCGAAGAAAAAGAUGAUAUUGAAUGA